ACAUUGCGUUGGCCGGGGAGAGCAAGCAGGACGUCUUCAGCGGGAACACCUUUCCUAAUUGGCACCUAAUUAUCAACGCAAUGCCCUCCAUACAUCAAAUGGGGCAGUCUCGAACCGAGGUCUUCUGGCGGACUCUAAUUACGAACACGGCAGGAUCGCCUCCUUGCCAUCCAGACCCAUAUAGCUACCAUUCUGCAUAUGUCUCCUGGAUCACGUCAAAACUAUCGGGGUAUCUUAAGGACAUGGUCCGAUACACUGGGGACUCACCAUUCAUAAAUACACUCACGGCAUGUGUAGCAAACGAAAUUUUCGAUUCCGUACAGUCUUCAGUCAAACUGUGGACUUCAGACAAUGAGUGGUUGUCUCACACAAUGUAUCUUUGGCUGUUCUUGACAAGAAGGCGGUAUCUUGGCGUAGGCUCUGAGUCGCUUCUUGAACACGACUCGGUAUGGAUCAUUUCCGGAUUAGUGUGCCGCUGAUUCUUCGAGAGGUCGAACCUGGUACUUUCCGCACUGUAGGAGGUGCCUAUGUUCACGGCUUUAUGAAAGGCGAAGCUUUGGAGUCGAGCCCUAUCCCCAGAGACAUCGUUAUAGUAUGAUGCACAGUCGAUAUUUG